AUGGCAAGAACCAAAGUCACAGCAAGAGGAUUGAGAAAAAGAUCAGCUCAUCAUUAUUAUGAUGACGACCUCACCGAUAAAGAACGUUUAGAAAAGAGGAAGGUUAUUGAAAAUUAUUUGGAAAGAAAGGAAAAGAAGAGAAAGCUUGUCUCCGAUUUGAUCAAACAAGCUUUAGAUGAUCAAGAGAAAGGAAGAAAGCCUGACUACUCUAAUAUGAGCAAGGUUGUACAACAAUGGAUACAAGAUGAUCAACAAAAGCGAUUGAAAAGACAUGUUACCAAUAAUGAAGAAAUGUUGGAUGCAAACUUGGUAAAGCAAUUACCAAGGGAUAUUGUGUUUGAUAUUAUUGAUUUUAUUCCAACAUUUUCCGAACGAUCUUUUGAACCAAAUUUGACCCACAUGCUCAAUAAGAACUCUAAAACUUCAGGAAUUAGUGUGGAAGAGUUGUUAAAUCAAGUCCCUGAUUCAAUGAACCCAGAAAAGUUGAAGGAAAAGAGAAUAUUUGAAUGUGCAAUGGUAUAUGAUAGCGGCUUUUUGACCUGUCACAAAAUGAGAUUAAUCUGCAAAGAAUAUGCAUUGAGAAUGAAAAAGAAAAUUUUCUCAAUUGAAAAUUUAGAUUUAACCAGCUUCGAUGCUGAAAAUAGAUUUUUCAUGGUCAAGCUAUUAUCUUUUGUCAAGGACCAACAAUAUUAUCACGAAAAAAACGAAUGUGACAAUGUCUUGAUGUAUUUCCAUUAUCAACAAAUUAAGAAUUUAAUGAUAGUUAAUAUUGAAUCUUUAGAAUAUGGAGUUGAACAAAAUGAUGUCAAGGAAAACAACAAGGAAGAUUCUAGUGAUGAAGAUGACACUGUAUUAGUGAAUGAUACACCCACAAAUGGUACUACAGGUACCACUCCAACAGAUCCAUCGACAGCCCCUGUUCCUACUGAAGAAAUUAUAGAACCUGUUCCUACUGAAGAAGAUUUGGAUGAUACUAUCAACAUGUACUCUGGUCACCUAGAUUUGAUACCUCAUCAUGAAGCUAAUCUUGGCAAUCAUACAUAUAUGUAUCAACGUUCUCUACCUGUUGAUUUAGCCUCACUUAGAGUCCUCUUUACAGAUAACAAUAUUGCGGAGACAUUUAUUGUCAAUCCACAGCUGUUGGCUCCAAUAGUUGGUGUUAACACUGUUCUCAAAUCUAUCAAACUAGAUGGUGAUUUCCAUUAUGACAUGUAUCCAGUAAUGCUCAAAUCUUGCUUGAAUUUGAGAAAGCUUUCCUUGUACAAUUCCUUCAUGAGUUUAGAUAAUGAGCCUGAGAAUUCACUUGUCCAUGAGAAUGUGGAAAUUAUCGAGUUUACCUUUCCAACUACUGACACUUAUGAAUUGCUUGAUUCUGCCUUGGGACCACUUAUCCAAGUUUUCCCAAAUCUCUCCACAGUCUCAAUUGCUUUGGAGCCUUCUGGAGUCUUCCUUUCUGAAGAUAUUAGACAAAGUAUUGAUGAUUUUAGUUUGGAUGGUAAUACAAAGAGACUUGUUUUCACAAUUGAUGGGACUCACUAUAAGGACAUUACACCAACAGGAAGAGCCAGAAAAUGGCCAAUUGUCAAUAUUUUGAUUACCACUACAAACUCAUUAUCACCUACUUUUUUUUCUACUGCUCUACUUAAUUCUGGUUCAUCCUGUCAAGAAACGAUUAUAUCACAUUACACAUGUAACGAUGAUGAUAUUCCUAUUGAAAGAAAGAAGGAAUUUAUGGAUCAUCUCUUCAUUGAUGGAAACUAUCCAAUUGAAUCAAAUUUUGAAGGAGCAGAGCACCCCUUACUAUUCCAGUAUGCUGUAUAUAUUGCUAAUGAAUAUCAAAAUGGAAGACUCUUUUCCUUAUUUUCUCAAGGUAGUAAUGUUGAAGAUGCUCUCAGAUAUGGUUGGCAAGUAAAUGACUCGUGGGAAGAAGUAUUAAAAUCUUUGAAUCCUGCCGAUUUCAAGCUUGUACUUGGUCACCUUAGAAAAACAUAUAGUUCUGCCAAAUUCUUCCAACUUAUUAGAUCACUAGCUCUGGAAGCAUUAACAAAUAUUCAUUCACUCAAUUUGCAAACCACAUUGUUGACAAUUGUCGAGUAUUUGAGAGGUGAACAAUUCCAAUAUUCAGAUAUUUUCAGUCCUGUAAGAUGUAUUGUUGAUACUAAUCACUUGAAGAAGUUUAAUAUUGAAACUCUUCAUAUUCCUUUCUUGUCGUAUGCCCUCUUUUCAAAUGAUUUACAUGUAGCAACACAGAUUUUACGCUUUGCAAAGGAAGAAGAUUUAUUCUACACAAACGAAAAUGGUGAUACAUUUUUGACAUGCAAUACUUCUCCAGAGUUUUCACAUACCGUUUUUGAAUCAGCUCUCAGGAGAGCACCUAAACUUGCCAACAUUUCAAACAAACAAAACAGAAGUCCUUUGCAUAUUUUUGCUUCGUAUCUUAAUACAGAAGUUGGCUCUAUGCUCUAUUUUAUGGAGAAUUUUGGAUUUGAUGUGAAUCAACCUGAUAUUGUGGGCAAAACAGCAUUGGAUUACAUGACUCUUCCAACACAAGCAAUAUGCAAAAUGCUUCAAUAA